AUGGGCGUGGCCCUGGUCCGGGCGAGGAAGAGCGGCAGGCCUCCCCCCGGCCAAUCAGAGCCCGCCCUGCACUCCGGCCCCGGGCCCCGCCCCUUCCUCCCCGCGCCUUUUCGAAUCUCCCCGAACUCUCAACACCCCGGAGCCCGCGCGCGCAUCUCGGGGCUACCUCGGCGGGUUCGCCCAGCUGGUCGCACCCCCUCCCCACCACAGCCGCGCCCCCAGGGAACCAGGGACAAAGCCGAGGCUCCGCCCGAGCCACACACAAAGCGGAGCGACCCCCACCCCGCCCUCCAGCCCCUUCACGGCUCGCGGCCCCGCCCGCCGGCCUCCAGCAGGGGGUCGCUGCCCCAGGGCCGGCCCCUCCCGCUGGCCGCGUCCCUCUCGCUGCCCCCGGCCGGCCGCCGCCGCCUCGUCCCGAGAGUCCCACACCCACCUGCUCAGUCCGAGCCGCCUGGCCACACUCUGAGCACCAACAGACCCGGGCGCGCACAAAAGCGCCAAACAGCGGCACGUGACCUCCCCGCCGGGCUCCGCAUUGGCUGGGAGCGGCGGCACAUCCGCGCUCCCACCAGAAGCAGUUGCAACCUGCGGCUUUCAGAGCUGCACCAGGGUGGUGAUUGGCUCUUAUUCGGCCGACUAGGGUGGGACCAGAAAUGGCGUCUCCAGCAGCUGAUUUUUCAGGGCAGCGGCCCUGUUCUGGGAGGAGGGGGCGGCCGAGCCUCGCUGGGCGUGGGGGUGCCCCCGUGGCCGCCCUGCAUCCGAGCCGGACCGCAGCAUCCAGCACCAGCCCUGGCGACACCUCCCAGCCCCUUGCAGCACCUCCAGCCGGCGCCCGGAGGGGCUGGAAGGGGGAGAGAGCGGCACGACGGCGAUUUCCCGCGGACCUCCCAGCCGCGCCCACCCGGGCUGCUCCGAAAGGGUUCAUCCCGGACACAGGCGUCCGCCGCCCGCCGUUAG